UUGACGAGCGGUUCGGUCUCCUCCUUCCCAAGGUGACGGAGUUGGUGCUCGACAACUGCCGGUCCAGCAACGGCGAAAUCGAAGGGCUGAAUGAUUCCUUUAAAGAACUGGAGUUCCUCAGCAUGGCCAACGUGGAGCUGACGUCGUUGGCCAAGCUUCCCACCUUGAGUAAGCUCCGAAAGUUGGAGUUGAGCGACAACAUCAUUUCAGGAGGCCUGGAGGUCCUCGCGGAAAGAUGUCCAAAUCUCACAUAUCUAAAUCUAAGCGGCAACAAAAUCAAAGAUCUCGGCACUGUGGAAGCUCUUCAAAAUCUCAAAAACUUGAAGAGCCUUGACCUGUUCAACUGUGAGAUCACAAACCUGGAGGAUUACAGAGACAGCAUUUUUGAGCUGCUUCAGCAAAUCACGUACCUGGACGGAUUCGAUCAGGAGGAUAACGAGGCACCGGACUCGGAAGACGACGACGAUGAGGAAGGAGAUGAAGAUGAUGAUGACGAAGAUGAGGAUGAAGCUGGUCCUCCAGGAGAAUAUGAAGAGGAAGACGAUGAAGAUGACGGAGGUUCAGAUUUGGGGGAAGGCGAAGAGGAGGAGGAAGUUGGUCUUUCCUACCUGAUGAAAGAAGAGAUUCAGGAUGAAGAUGAUGACGACGACUACGUUGAAGAAGGAGGUGAUGAGGAGGAAGAAGCAGAGGGCAUCCGAGGGGAGAAGAGGAAACGAGACCCUGAAGACGAAGGCGAGGAAGAGGAGGAUUAAUUUGUUAUAGACACAAGUAGGACCAGACUCUUUUAAGUUCCAGAAUACGCAAUAGUGAUUAUGCAGAUCUGUAUGUCUCCAUGUACCAUAGAUGUCCCUACAGAAGAUAAUACGUUAACUUUUUAUAGGAGAAGUGUGGUUUUACUAUUCUUGCCCUUUUUAUCAUUCCAAAUAAGAUAUAAUAGCCUGGUAGUGAACCUAUAUGUAGAAAAACAAUUUUCAGCCCUAUAAUUACUGAAGCCAUUGUCAAGUUUUCCCCCCCUCUCCCCCCCUAGACUUUUAUUUGGAGCUCUUUAAUUUCAUACAAGCUUGCUGUGUUUGGUCAUCGUUAGCCCGGAGUUAAAACACCCUUUUCACACGGGUUUAAUAUUGUGAAUUUCCUUGGAGAUUUUAAAAGUUUUUUAUACUUAAAAAGCUGAACUCAAAAAAUACUAGAUGGCAAAUUCUAGUCGCUUUUCAAUGAGAUGCUGAGUGGAGUCUGGAGUUUACCAGGGAUUCUAUUUGAAACUGACAACUAGAUUCCACCUUUAUUUCAGCUUUUUAAAAGGUGACUCCUGUAAUAUUAUUUUUUUAAGUCUUCUAUCCAUUUUCUGUGUUCCAUUGUAAAGCCUAAAUGGGUUUCAGAAGAUGUGGUGUUUUUUUUUUUCCUGCUUGUUGAGCUGUUCGGUGUUUGCUGGAGCAUUCACUAAAAUACCUUCAAGAAGGGAUCUCGGCAAACGGAAAGGGUCAAAUCUGUAAUUUUUCUCCAGAAGACACAGUCAUUGCAGGUAUUAACAAAAGCAAAUAACGUGUAGUUGUAAAAGCAUUUCACCGGGAAAGUCUGUGUUCAACUUUCACUCACUUCGCUCUCGCAUCGUCAUUUUGGGAAUUCUGCAACAAUCAUGGUGUUUGGCUAGAAAAUAUAUGCAUUUUUAUGCAGAAGUUUAACGGGUAACUCCUUCAAGCACAUUUUUUUUGUUGUUUUCAAACAACCCCCCCCUUCCUUUUAUAGAAU